AAAAAAAAAAUUGUUCUUUAUUCUGUAACGAUCAAAUAACAAGGAAAAAAAAAUGAUGAAAUUUACGGUUUUUCUAUGUAUUGAUGAAAAAAUGAAAGUCUCACUUGAGAUUAACUCCGACGAUACCAUCUCUCAAGUGAAGCAAAAAGUAGAAAAACUAAUCCAAGUUAAAACCGAAAAUCAAGAAUUAUUUCUUGGUAAUAAACAACUUAAAGAUAACCUCAAAGUAACCGAUUAUAAAAUUGGUUCAGACGAGAAUAUCAGGCUUGUUCGAAAGGCUGAAGGUGGUAUACAAGUAUUCGUUAAGGAUACUGUUCCAACUUCAACUAAAAGUUCAACCGCUAUUAUCAUCAAUCCAUCCAGCACUGUACACGAUUUGAAAAAAAAAUAUAAUGAAAGGACAGCUUUUCCGAUAGAACACCAGAGACUUAUAUUCAAAGGAAAACAAUUGGAAGAUGAUAGAAAACUGUCGGAAUAUAAAAUUAAACACGAAUCGUGUAUUCAUCUUGUUGCAAGGUUACCCGGAGGCUUUUAAUUAUUUAGUAAGCGCUUCAGCAGGGAACUUAUGGAAUUUAUGGAACUUAUAAAUUAUUUUUUCUGUUAUGUUGCUCAGUUCACACCAUCUUUGAACAUAAUUUGUUGCACAUAUUUUUUUGAUUUACAAAAUGAAAAUUUAUAUGUAAAUUAUCACCUUGUAAUAUUAUAAAUAAAAUAACCCAAUUUUUACUCCACAAAAGGGGGGACAAUAAUUUAUAGAUAAAAAAAAUUUAAUUGGUCUUCUAAAGUAA